UGGCGGCGCCCAGAGCUGCAGCGUGAAUGUUGGUGGAAGCCGCUGUCCAAUUGUGCCAGAUUCAGAACAGUGGGGACGGUGCGCCAUGUCGCGACUGAUCGUGAAGAACCUCCCGAAUGGGAUGAAGGAGGAGCGUUUCAAGCAGCUGUUUGCCUCCUUCGGCACGCUGACAGACUGCAGCCUGAAGUUCACCAAAGAUGGCAAGUUCCGGAAGUUUGGAUUUAUUGGCUUCAAGUCUGAGGAAGAGGCCCAAACGGCACUGAAUCAUUUCAACAAGAGUUUUAUCGACACAUCCCGGAUCACAGUGGAGUUCUGCAAGUCAUUUGGGGACCCGACAAAGCCCCGAGCCUGGAGCAAACACGCCCAGAAACCAAGCCAGCCCAAGCUAUCUUCAAAAGACCCCAUUUCCCCAGAAACAAAGCAAGACAAUAAGAAGAAAAUGGUCACCAGUGAACUGGAGAAGCUGAAGGGAGACACUGAGUUCCGGGAGUUCCUGUCGGUCCACCAGAGGCGGAUGCAGGUCGCCACGUGGGCGAACGAUGCCCUGGACACCAAGCCUGUGAAAGGGAAGAGCGAGCCAGCCAGCGACUACCUGAACUUCGACUCAGACUUGGAACAGGAGAGCGAGGAGGAGGGGGCUGGCAAAGGCUCUGAAGCAGAGGAAGACCUUGCACCAAAGGCAGCUGUGCAGAAGGAGCUGUCAGACAUGGAUUACCUGAAAUCCAAGGUGGUGAAGGCCGAGUCGUCAUCUUCCUCCUCGGAGGAGGAGGAGAGUGAAGAUGAAGCAGUGAACUGCGAGGAAGGCAGUGAGGAUGAGGAUUCCUCUGCUGCCCCAGCCCAGUCUGAAAUAGGGAGGAAGGGGGCCAGCCACAAGCAGGAGGCCCUGUCUGGGAAGAAGCAACCACAGGAGGCCAUAGCUGAGACAGAGAAACCAGCAACCCAGAAGGAGCCCACCACCCCCUACACCGUGAAGCUGCGGGGAGCCCCGUUCAAUGUCACAGAGAAAAGUGUUAUGGAAUUCCUGGCACCUCUGAAGCCGGUGGCCAUCCGGAUAGUGAGAAAUGCUCAUGGGAACAAAACAGGUUACGUCUUCGUGGAUUUCAGCAGUGAGGAGGAAGUGAAGAAGGCACUGAAGUGCAACCGGGAGUACAUGGGUGGACGCUACAUCGAGGUGUUCAGGGAAAAGAGCGUCCCCAUGGCCAAGGGGCCCCUUAAGAAUAGCACCAAGCCCUGGCAGGGCCGGACACUUGGGGAGAAUGAGGAGGAGGAGGACCUGGCCGACUCCGGGAGGCUGUUUGUGAGAAACCUGCCCUACGCCAGCACCGAGGACGACCUGGAGAAGCUUUUCUCCAAAUACGGCCCCCUGUCUGAGCUCCAUUACCCCAUCGACAGCCUGACCAAGAAGCCCAAGGGCUUUGCCUUCAUCACCUUCAUGUUCCCCGAGCACGCAGUGAAGGCCUACGCCGAGGUGGACGGGCAGGUGUUCCAGGGCAGGAUGCUCCAUGUGUUACCAUCCACAAUCAAGAAGGAAGCCAGCGAGGAUGCUGACGCCCCGGGUUCAUCGUCCUAUAAGAAAAGAAAGGAGCUCAAGGACAAAGCCAACAGCUCCAGCUCACACAACUGGAACGUGCUGUUCAUGGGGCCAAACGCCGUGGCUGACGUCAUCGCCCAGAAGUACAACGCCACCAAGAGCCAAGUGUUUGACCACGAAACCAAGGGCAGUGUGGCCGUGCGCAUGGCCCUGGGGGAGACCCAGCUCGUCCAAGACGUGCGACGCUUCCUCAUCGACAAUGGGGUCUGUCUGGACUCCUUCAGCCAGGCCGCAGCAGAACGAAGUAAGACUGUGAUGCUGGUGAAGAACCUCCCAGCCGGCACCCUGGCGGCCGAGCUGCAGGAGACAUUCGGCCGUUUCGGCAGCCUGGGCCGUGUGCUGCUGCCGGACGGUGGCAUCACCGCCAUCGUGGAGUUCCUGGAGCCUUUGGAGGCCCGCAAGGCCUUCCGACACCUGGCCUAUUCCAAGUUUCACCACGUCCCCCUGUAUCUGGAAUGGGCUCCAAUGGGUGUCUUCUCCAGCUCAGACCCGCAGAAAAGAGAACCCAGGGAUGCAGCAGUGGAUACGGACAAGGCGGACCCAGAAACCGUACCAGACAGUGAGACCCCGGAAGUUGAAAAGCCAGCAGCCGGGGGAGAAGAUGACUCUUCGGCAAAGAUGGAAGAAGAGGAGGAGGAGGAGGAAGAAGAGAGCCUUCCAGGGUGCACUCUUUUUAUUAAAAAUCUCAACUUCGACACAACAGAGGCAACACUGAAGGACGUGUUUUCCAAAGUGGGAAUGGUGAAGAGCUGCUCGAUUUCCAAAAAGAAGAACAAAGCAGGAGCGCUGCUUUCCAUGGGGUUCGGAUUUGUGGAGUACAGGAAGCCGGAGCACACCCAGAAAGCUCUCAGGCAGCUCCAGGGUCAUGUCUUGGACGGCCACAAGCUGGAAGUGCGGAUUUCAGAAAGAGCUAUCAAGCCAGCCACGACGUCCACUCGGAAAAAACAAGUGGCCAGAAAGCAGACGACCUCCAAGAUCCUGGUGCGGAACAUCCCCUUCCAGGCCGACAGCCGGGAGAUCCGAGAGCUCUUCAGCACCUUCGGGGAGCUGAAGACGGUGCGCCUGCCGAAGAAGAUGACCGGGACGGGCGCACACAGAGGCUUUGGCUUUGUCGACUUCCUCACCAAGCAGGAUGCGAAGAGAGCCUUCAACGCCUUGUGCCACAGCACCCACCUUUACGGCCGGAGGCUGGUCCUGGAGUGGGCGGACUCCGAGGUGACCGUACAGGUCCUGCGGCGGAAGACAGCUGAACACUUUCACGAGCCCCCAAAGAAAAAGCAGUCUGUGGUGUUGGAUGAGAUCCUGGAGCAGCUGGAAGACAGCGACAACGACAGCAAGUAGCAAACCCUUCAGCUGCGAGCUGGCACCGAGUGGGUAUGUGGCUCUGGGGCCCUGGGGACUGGGGACAGCCGCUCUGGCUUCUGUGUUCCUGCCUGUGUGGGCAGGCGGUGGGAGCGAGCUGGCCGUGACUCCGGAGAACCUGCAGGCAAAAGCGAUGUGAAGGUGAAUCAUCUACCUAGUCAUUCCUUGUGCCGAGCCAAGCCCAAGAUGGGCCCGGCGGUCACUGAGGUGCACAGUGGAGAGUAUGGCACCACUUCCUUUGAGCAGUCUUCCUUUGAGCUAGCCCCCAUCAUGACUCAGGUGGGUUCAGCCUCAGCUUGUCUUCUCGCUUCACCCUCUGGGAGCAUCCCACGCUGCCAAGGGACCCAGAUGGCUUUCAUCAGGCCCCCGGCCAGGUGGGGCCCCCACAUGAUCCAGAGGUCACUGGCAGAUUCCCUCCAGCUGGGCGGCUUCCGGGCCCAACCAUCCUCAGGAAGCCCCUGGGACUUCUACCGUUCAAACCCUGAGCUCUCAGGCUGGGAAGCCCUGCUGGUCCCUCCAGAGACGAGCACUGUCAGCCAGCGGGUGCUGGCGUCAGGGCUGCACAGCCCCCACUCCUCGGAGUGGCUCCUCCGUGGCUGCAGUCACGUGGCGGCUGACUGA